GUUUCUGACGGGUUAAAGGAGUGGGACAGCCCGAAGUUCACUCAAAUUAGUACAUUUAUUUCAUCGCUGCAUUUUUUUUCUUCCUAUCCAGUCGAGUCGUCUCGUUUUUCUGACUCACUUUACUUUUUUUUUCCCCACGUAAGAAGCGUCGAGCAGUGACACGCUCCUAGAAAAGUUAACUUUUAAAUCACUUAAAGCCUUUUUUUUCUCCUUUGCCGUAUGAUGUUGACAGGAGACGCACCGACAACAGACCUGGCUGGUUUUAUUGAAGUACUUUUGGACUGCUGAAGUCACCUGAGACAGAUUUCACUUCCUCAUCAGGACUUGAUGUGUUUUUGCGCCUGUCGGGUUGUUGUUUUGUUUUGUUUGUUUUUUCCUUGAAUGGGAGUUAGUCUGCUGUCUGCUCAGAUGAGAAGGGACGUCGGACAGUAGCUGUGUCACCUGUUAUUGUCUGAAAACUCUCGGAUUUGCCUGCAAACAAGUACUGUAGGUGUGUGUGUGUUUACCAGCUCUAAUGAUAGCAGCUAGAAAGCAUCUCCUAUAAGAGGACUGAACCACCUCAACAUGACAGAGAUCCAGACUCCAUGGCCACAGGGCACAGAGUGUGUGGCCAGGUACAACUUCAAGGGCACAUCAGAACAGGACUUGCCCUUUAACAAAGGAGAUGUAUUGACUAUUAUUGUCGUCACAAAGGAUCCAAACUGGUACAAAGCGAAAAAUGCUGCAGGCUCUGAGGGAACAAUUCCAGCCAACUAUGUUCAGAAAAGGGAAGGUGUGAAAACCGGAGGGAAGCUGAGUCUAAUGCCAUGGUUUCAUGGGAAGAUAACGCGGGAUCAGGCAGAGCGGUUGCUUUACCCCCCUGAAACAGGCCUGUACUUGGUACGAGAAAGCACCAACUUCCCCGGCGACUACACCCUGUGUGUAAGCUGUGAUGGCAAGGUGGAGCACUACCGCAUCAUCUAUCACAACGGCAAGCUCACAAUCGAUGACGAGUGGUACUUUGAAAACCUCAUGCAGCUGGUUGAGCACUACACCAAAGAUGCAGAUGGCCUGUGCACCAGACUAAUAAAGCCAAAGCUGGAGGAGGGGACGGUGGCUGCUCAGGAUGAGUUUUCCAGGGGUGGCUGGUCGAUGAACAGAAAGGACCUCAAGCUGCUGCAGGUUAUUGGAAAGGGAGAGUUUGGAGAUGUCAUGGUGGGAGACUACAGAGGGACUAAAGUAGCUGUGAAGUGCAUAAAGAACGAUGCUACAGCACAAGCCUUUAUUGCAGAGGCUUCUGUCAUGACGCAACUACGGCAUGAAAACCUGGUGCAGCUACUUGGAGUGAUUGUUGAGGAGAAUGGAAGUCUUUUUAUAGUUACAGAGUACAUGGCCAAAGGCUGCUUGGUUGACUACUUGCGUUCCAGAGGUCGGACAGUACUUGGUGGAGAUGCUCUCCUUAGUUUUACACUAAACGUCUGUGAAGCCAUGGCAUACCUGGAGGUCAAUAACUUUGUCCACCGAGACUUAGCAGCCCGCAACGUUCUUGUGUCAGAAGACAACAUGGCCAAAGUCAGUGAUUUCGGUCUGACCAAGGAGGCUUCCUCCACUCAGGAUACUGCAAAGCUGCCUGUAAAGUGGACAUCCCCAGAGGCUCUCAGAGAAAAGAAAUUUUCCACCAAGUCAGAUGUUUGGAGCUACGGUAUUUUGCUUUGGGAGAUUUAUUCGUUUGGUCGAGUGCCUUACCCAAGAAUUCCAUUAAAAGACGUUGUGCCUCGGGUGGAGAAGGGAUACAAGAUGGACUGUCCAGAUGGCUGUCCUGAAGUGGUGUAUAACAUCAUGAAACAGUGCUGGAACCUUGAUCCUGCUGCUCGACCAAGCUUUCAGAUGUUAAAGGAGUGGCUACAACAUAUCAGGCAAGGGAUGGGAAAAAAACAAUGAGAGAUCUGACAGACACAACAGACACAAAAAGUGACUUUUCUUCCUCGUUUUGACGACUUGGAUCAUAAUCUGGAAAGAAUAAAUUGUUUCUAAACUGUAUUAUUUAGCAAACUAUGAGGUUUGAUUUCACGCAUUGCCCAUAAACUGUCUUAAGUUUAUAUUUCAGAGCAUCAUCCCUAACCUCAAGUUGUUCAAACUGCAGUUACUCUUAAUUACGCACUCAGUUGCUCUAAUAAGUCUUCCUGCACUCGGUUAUCAAGAGUGAAUGAUUAACUGUCAUAUCAACAUGUCAUUCCUUAUAACACAGUGCUGCCUCAGAGCCACAGUGCCUUGACCUGUUUUUUUUUAAACAUUUUAUGUCCUUUACGUUGAUAUCCUUGGUCAUAUUGAUGGCAUGACUUCAUUUUACAAACAUAUAGGCAGUGCCAUUGUUUGACUAGGUUGACUGAGUCCAUCAUAGCCGUUAAAAGAGAAAAGAUGCUUCAAAAAUAGGAAUACAAGUUUGAUGUCAUUACUCACUGUAUUAUUUUAGACAGUUUGCAGGUACAUUGUUUCGCAUGAGUGUUUAAUUAUUUUGUUAAAAGGACUAAGUUAAAGAUAAUUAUGCAGCUUUAUUUUUUCAUUGUUGUUGAAAUUUUUAUUUCCUACUUGUGGAUUCCUCUGUAAGUCAAGUCUGGACAAAUGUCACCUUUACUACUGAUACAGUAACAUAUUCAGCUCCGUCAUGCAGACACCAUUCCACCGUGGUACAGAGUUUUCCAUCUGACAUCAAUAAAUGUUUUAUUUUGGGAAUCUUUGGAUUUUACCAAAUUAUUUGAAUUUUUAAAUGUACUGUGUUGCCAUUUUCAACAAUAAAAAAAUAUUUUGAAA